AUGCUCUCUUAUGAUUUCACCAGUAUGCGCCAGGUUUCCGCUCGAGAAUUGUAUACCCCUUUCGAUCCUAGCGGUUGCCUCGAAGGUCACCCCUUCGACUUCCCUCAUGCCCACGACCAGUUCGACCAGCCGCCCAUAGGACCGUGGGGAUAUCAGGAUAACCCCGUGACGGAGGACGGGUCGUCCCGUCUCCCUGGCCCAGCCCAGCACGAGUUCGGAUACUCGCACCCUCCUCACUGGGCCCACCCCUCUGGCAGCCGCUUCGCAGACUUCUCGGGCUCGCCUGUGCCGCUUCUCCCCUCCGCCGCUCCGCCGUUCUACCCUUCGGCCUCGAUGCCGGCGCUCCCGCCCUUCUACACCCCAUCCCUCAUCCCCGUGGCCGACGGCGGGCCGUUCGACCUCGCCGCCGAGCAGGACGGCAAUGUGCGGUGCGAGUGGCACGGGUGCGGCGCGUCCGUCGACUCCGCGAACCGCGGCAUCCGCGCGCACCUGCGCCUGGUGCACAACGUCCCCGGGCCCGACAAAGAGACGCGGAUCGCCUGUCGCUGGGGGCCCGGGGGGCGCUGCGCCGCACGUGCGGCCGACGCGGUGCGGCCGAAGGGGAUACCUCCGGAAGCGGUGCGAGGAUGCCAGAAGGGUUUCUGCCGCGAGGACUCCCUCCGCCGGCACAAGCAGCUCUACUGCCAAGGCCAGGGCUCCCGCCGCUCGCCUGCGGGCGGGUCCGAUGCCGGUGUCACCGAGUACGGCGAGGAGAACUAG